AUAGACGUUUAGCAUAUUCUUGAAACGUUUCACGUUUAUAAAAAGACAUUUGGUUUUCUAUAUAUUAAACGCACACAACAAGGCAGGAAAUCCAAACGUUCAUCAAAUCGUCGAUGGAAGCUAUGCAGACUACAAAACCACACGCCGCCAUGUUCGCCAGCCCAGGAAUGGGCCACGUCAUCCCGGUGAUCGAACUCGCAAAGCGUUUAGCUGGAUCCCACGGCUUCCACAUCACAAUCUUCGUCCUUGAAGCCGACGCAGCCUCCGUUCAAUCCCAGUUUCUCAACUCACCUGGCUGCGUUGCCAACCUUUUUGACGUUGUCGGCCUCCCGUCUCCGGACAUCUCUGGCAUGGUUGACCCGUCAGCCUUUUUCGGGAUCAAGCUGUUGAUCAUGAUGCGUGAGACUGUUCCCAUCCUCCGAGAAAAGAUCGCUGAGAUGAAGCACAAACCAACGGCUCUUAUCGUAGACGUGCUUGGCCUGUACGCAUUACGGCUCGGUGAAGAGUUCAACAUGUUGACUUAUGUCUUCAUCGCUUCAAACGCACGUUUCCUCGCGGUGGCUAUGUACUUCCCAACACUGGACAAAGACGUGGAAGAAGAGCACAUAAUAAAAAAGAAACCCUUAGCUCUACCGGGAUGUGAACCGGUUCGGUUUGAGGACACUCUUGAACCGUUUCGUGACCGGACGGACCCGAUUUACCAGGAAUGUGUUCCUCUUGGUUUGUUGUACCCAACGGCUGAUGGGUUAAUUGUGAAUACAUGGGAUGAUAUGGAGCCCAAAACCUUGAGAUCACUUCAAGACCCAAAGCUCCUUGGUCGGAUUGCUCGUGUUCCGGUUUAUCCAAUUGGUCCUAUAUGCAGACCGGUUGAUCCAUCUAAAACCAAUCAUCCUGUUUUGGAUUGGUUAAACAAACAACCGGACGAGUUAGUGCUUUACAUCUCAUUUGGAAGUGGCGGCUCUCUCUCAGCUAAACAACUAACUGAACUGGCUUGGGGGCUUGAGCUGAGUCAGCAACGGUUCGUUUGGGUGGUCCGACCACCAGUGGACGGUUUACCUUGCAGCGCAUAUUUCUCGGUUAACAAUAGUGGGAUACAAGAUAGCACGCCAGAUUAUCUACCAGAAGAGUUCGUUAGCCGAACUCACGAGAGAGGCCUUGUAGUCCCUUCAUGGGCUCCUCAGGCUGAGAUCCUGGCCCACAAGGCUGUUGGUGGGUUCUUGACUCAUUGUGGUUGGAACUCAAUUCUAGAGAGCAUUGUUAAUGGUGUUCCAAUGAUUGCUUGGCCGCUUUUUGCGGACCAGAAGCUGAAUGCAACGCUGCUUAAUGAAGAGCUUGGAAUCGCUGUCCGGUCUAAGAAACUGCCGUCUGAAGAGAUGACUUCAAGGGUAGAAAUCGAGGCGUUGGUGAGGAGGGUUAUGGUAGGAGAGGAAGGUUGUAAGAUGAGAGAUAAGGUGAAGAAGCUGAAAGUCACAGCAGCUGAGGCGGUGAGUUGUAACGGUGGAUCGGCGCACAAAUCUCUGUUGGGAGUUGCACAGCAGUGCCAGCGCCUUUUGGACCGAGCCAGUGGGAUGGCACGUGGUGCCUAAGAACAUUUACUGUUUCAAAAUGUUAAGCUUAAGUCUGUCGUUUAAGUGUGUUUCCAGGUCGUCACAAGCUUGAUGCUAUCAUGUUUUAUCUUGUCACCGUCACUUGCUAUCAGUUACUAUGUAUCUACAUCGUACAAAUAAAU